CUGCUCCAUAAGAAAUAAUCAUUUCAUCAUUUCUCUAAAGUAUGUUGUAUUAUUGUUUUUCUUUCUCCAUCUCCAUAUACAUAUAUUGUUGGAGCUGGAAAUAUAAAUUAAAUUAAAUCAGUUAUAAUGUCUGGCGUAUGGAUAUUUGACAAGAAAGGUGUUGCUCAUUUGAUCAAAAAUCCUACUCGAGAGUCCUUCGAGCUAAAACAACCACCAUAUCCAGGCACUGGUACAGCCACUGCACCCGGGGCACGCCCUCGGGUGUUGGUGUACCUACCGGAGAAUGAGACGAUAAGUUCCUAUGAAGAACUAGAGAGGAGACUCAUUGAACUAGGAUGGACCCGAUUCAACAACCCGAUGAAGUCGGAUCUUUUGCAGUUCCAUAAAUCAGAUGAUUCUGCACAUCUAAUCUCACUUCCUAAGAGCUUUACAAACUUCAAAUCACUCCAGAUGUAUGAUAUCGUCGUCAAGAAUCCAUCAUUUUUUGAAGUUCGUGAUGUUAAAUAGUGAUCUAUUUUAUCUAAAAAUUUAAAUUAUUA